GUGUGUGUGUGUGUGUGUGUGUGUGCCCAAGGACUCCAUCUCCACCCAGACUCAACAGUGUCUCUCCCGUCUGAUGCUGGUGACGAGGACACGGCCGUCGCCGUGGAGACGACCACGAAGAGUUCCGAACCAGAGACAAAGUUCACGGGAGGUGGAGGAUGGGGGGAGGCCGGGUGGCAGGGCAUCUGUCUGAAUAACAACCAGGGGAGUGGAGAGAUAUCAGCCUUCCAAGGCCGAAGUGGGGGAGCCGAAUAAAGAUAACGAUUGCUUUGGGUCAGGCCGACUCUGCAAUUUUUCUCCGUGCAUUCAUUAUUGUUCUGACCCCAUACUUCCGCGUCAUCAUCAACGUGGACGUCCGACUGAAAGCAGGAAGUACCACCUGUACCACGUGACCUAGGAGGACUAGCAUAUGAUUAAAUCCGAUUCUACAGAGAAGUCAAUAGCAUGGUCACAGCGGAAUGAAAACACCAAAUUACUUAUACAUAGGAUAACAUUUUCGGACAUAUUUCCUGAGUCACAGGGCAUUAAAGAAUGCAUACUUUCGACGGUACUGAGAUGAGGGACUCUUAGUCGCUGUUGUUGUGACCCUCCAUGUAGGAACGGGGUAGCGGAGACCAGGAAGCGAGAUCUUGACACUUUCUAAGAAGCACUCCCGUCGGUGCUGUGAAAGAUAAAACCAACAAGGAAGUUAGAAUAUUGGUAAAUGUCAUUGAAUUGGCCUCUUUGAGGAUAAGACCUGCCAAUCCCUCUUGUAAAGAGGAUAAUACCAAAGCUGACUGGAUAUCCAGGAAUAUAAUCGGCAAGUGCUAGCUUGCUUGCUAACAAGCAAGAUUGGUGUGGGUAACUAGCUAGCUUUUGAAUAACAAUAUACCCUGCAAAUAACGAUGGCGAACAGGGGGUUGUUUUUUGGUGCGGUUCUGUUGCUACACGUCCUGUGUGGAUGCGACGCCAGGAUACACACACUGGAACUGAAGAAUGAUACCCGGUCGAUCGUCCAUCUUAAUACGUUUGGGUUUAACGCCAACGGAUCUCUAGAUGUGAAACUACUUUCUCUGUCCAUCCCAGAUAAUGUUGAUGAAAAGUACCCAGUUGGUUUCAGUAUCAGCAAGUCUCGUGUGACUGGAGUACUCUCUUACACUGCCGAGGAACCCAAGACAUGCCCUCUCACCCUCAAAGAGUCGCCCAACGACCAGCCCCUGAUCCUAUUCAUUAUUAAUAUGAAGAUGUCCAGGGUCAUUGUGCGGCCUUUAGGUCUCCUGGACUACUGGCUUAGAGCAACCAUGAAAUCCGAGGACGGCUCUGUCAAAGACGAAAGUGUGAGGAAGACCAGGGAUAUUCCUGAAGCUGGAGCUGUAGUUCCCAACCCACUUAACACAACGCUCAAAGAUGGUGUUCAGAAAGAAACCAAGAUUGAUCCAGCGGGGCAGCAGAAUGUGGCAACCGCAAUAAAAAUCAAGACUGUCACACCACAACCUGCAGUAGAUGAGGACGAUGGCAUCCAGCUGGAGAAGGGCAAAGAGCAGUUUAUCGCUCUGGAUAAAGUUAACGGCAACUUCCAUUUCAACAUCACAUUUGGUCCCUUGGCUGAGGGUCAGUACAACCUCAACUUCCACUACUGCCUCAAGAAGGUGCCUGGACUGGACUCCCCCUACUCCCUCAGUGUGGCGGUGAGGGAGGUGAAUCCUGGUGGCUACCUGUCUGCUGCAGAGAUCCCCCUUCCCCGCCUCUACAUCUGUAUGGCUGGAGUCUUCUUCACUGCUGCUCUGAUCUGGGUCUACACUCUGAUGAAGCACAGAUACAGUGUGUUUAAGAUCCACUGGCUGAUGGCAGCACUCGCCUUCACCAAGGCUGUCUCCCUGGUCUUCCAUAGUAUCAACUUCCAUUUCAUCAACACAAAGGGACACCCCAUCGAAGGCUGGGCCGUCAUGUACUACAUCACACAUCUGCUGAAGGGGGCCCUCCUCUUCAUCACCCUGGCCUUGAUCGGCACCGGCUGGGCCUUUGUAAAGUACAUCCUGUCUGACAAGGAAAAGAAGAUCUUCAUGAUUGUCAUCCCGCUCCAGGUGCUGGCCAACAUCGCCUUCAUCAUCAUCGAGUCUGGUGAGGAGGGGUCCAGUGAAUACGCUCUGUGGAAGGAGAUCCUCUUCCUGGUGGACCUCCUCUGCUGCGGCGCCAUCCUCUUUCCUGUGGUCUGGUCCAUUCGUCACCUACAAGAGGCCUCCAGCACUGAUGGCAAAGCGGCCAUGAACCUGGAGAAGCUCAAGCUCUUCCGGCAUUACUACGUCAUGAUUGUAUGCUACAUCUACUUCACGCGCAUCAUUGCCAUUCUGCUCAAAGUCACCAUGCCAUUCCAGUGGCAGUGGUGCUACGAGUUCCUGGUGGAGGCCUCCACCCUGAUCUUCUUCGUGCUGACGGGCUACAAGUUCCGCCCAGCGUCCAACAACCCCUACCUCCAGCUGCCCCUGGACGAGGAGGACGUGGAGAUGGACGAAGUUGUGACUGAGUCCGGUGCGUUGGAGGGGAUCACCAAAGUCAAGAAGACGUCCAAUGGACGCGAGCGGCAGAGGGAGUCCACUUUGUGAAGGGGGGAGUGUGCAUCUGUGGGGAGGGAUCCUAUCUCUCUUCAUCUCUCGCUCUCUCUCUCUCUCUCUUUUUCCACCCCUCCUCCUCCCCCCUCCCCCCCCCCUCCCACCAGGACUGCAGGUCCAAGAGAGGGCUGGGGGGAGCACACCGGGACCAACCCUGCCCCCCCCCACCCCACAAAGUGCUCUCUUUUCUUGGAAACUCUUUGACGUGAGCUGUUGAAGCGCUCACUGUCUGGCUAUGCAACGCAAAAGACUGUUUGGACCUGGGUUUCCUUAGACACCAUCUAGAGACUGCUCGAUAUAUAUAUAUCUAUACGUGUGUGUGUGUGUGUGUGUGUGUAUAUAUAUAUAUAUAUAUAUAUAUAUAUAUAUAUAUAUAUAUAUACAUAUGCAUCAGAUACAAUGAUGGUUCAGAGUAGAAUGGAGGAGAGUACUCAUGUUUUCCUCUGUCUUUCGGUCUCUCUUUCUCAUUCAUUAUUUUGAGACGGCUAUCUUGGGUUGCCUGGUAUUGGCUGUGUAAACGGUACUUUUGCCAGUAAGUGGGCUUUACCUUUUUUGAGUGGGGGGGGGGGAGAGAGAGAGAGAGAGAGAGAGAUGUCAAAGGAAACUAACGUUAAUUUCCCAUCAAACACUAUUUUGAACAGUACAUACUGUUAAGUGGCUCAUGGCCUCAAAUGUGGACUUAAGACCUAACCUGAUGUUUGCUCUUUGUACCACCACCACCACCACCUAGGUCAUAUCUCCCUGUCUGGUCCUUUAUCACAUGACUCCAUCACCUCCUAUCUAACGCUUGGUCUUUGUGACACAGAGGCGCCUCUAUUGAGAUAUACACACACACACGCGUGGAAGCUCCCUGUGUACAUCUCGACACGGCCGUCGUCUCAAGUUAAGCUUGUAUGCUGUGCUUCAGUGUUAUCAUUUUUAUUUUUGCGUGGCGGAGAAGAAUCUUGAGAUGUUCCUGACCUUGUCCCAAGGUGCCCUGCUGUAAUUUAUGGCUUUAUGUUAUUGCGACCAAUCCCAGACAUGGGGGGGGGGGGGGGGGUCCCGUCAUGUGAGGGGCCAUGUCAACACACGACCGCAUGUUGUUGUUGUUGUUUUUGUGGCCCUUCCCAGACGGCCCCCCCGACCGUGUCGGUGUUUUUACCAGGCUCUCCCACAGGGUGGGUGGUAGGAUGUGACUUAACCAAAUUCUUUAAUCUUGGUUUGGUUUUACGUUUUUGCUUUCGGUGUUUACGUGUCUAUUUUAUUCAUUAUUAAUUAUUUGCCCAAGGUCAAACAUGCGUCGCAACAAAGGCGAUUGUAAAUAAUUUAAAGAGGCUUCUGCUAAUGACAGAGGGCCACCUGAGACUUGAGUGGGGCCCGGUGUUGGGGACGCAGCUUGUUCAGAUGGUAUUUACAAGUGGUUUGUUUUUUCCCUCAUGUUCAUAACACUGUUGAAUCAAUAUGAAGAUUUGUAAAGUCGUUUUCCGGGGCGAUGGAGGACAUACUGCAGCGUUCCCAGCCACUGACAGCACUCCACAUGACGGUCUACCACAGUUUCCGCAAGCGGUGUUAUAUCGUGUAGAGAGGUUUUCAUACUAUCAGGAGACGCUACUCCAAUGAGAAUAACAUGUGUGAAUCAGAAGUAUAUGGAUGUGUGUGUGAACUGUUAACAAUAAAGCUGGUGUUUUAAAAAAUGUUGAA